AUGGUGAACUCCACAUGUGAGCAAGCCUCGGAGGAUUUUGUAUCUUUGAAAACUGGUGGAAGGCCAUUGAUAUACUUUCGUGUGCCAAAGCCACUCGUGUCGUCUACUGCAUCUUCUGAAGCAACCGUGAGGAGUAGAACUAGGCAAAUUGCACGUGUUCGUGAAGCCAUCAGUGGAGGGCAGGUAGCAGUAAACAGGCAAAUUAUUCAUGAGGCCAAGCGUUUGGCAAGAGAAAGACAAGAGCUACUAAAGGAAGCUGGCUUCCAGGAAAUACAAUACAGAGUCUCAGCCACAGAAGGCCUGGCCUUAAAAGCAGACCUUUCAAUUCCUUGGAACAAGUUGAGAGCUCUAAGACGAUGGCUAUCAAAGUGGGGUGUGUCUCUUGCCAGUGAAAAAAAGCAACGACAGCUCAUGUUAGAUUGGUUGCCGCAGGACUUAGAAGCUGAAGAAGUUGUGUUCACCUUCAAACUACCAGGUGGCGGUGAAGAGCUUCGACCUGCCCCAUGUAUUUACAUAUCUUCACUCAAAUCUGUAGUCCACUCACUUCUCGACCAAGCUGGUGCAUUAGUGUGGCAUGACAAUGCCAUUCCUGCUGAUGAAGUGUGGAUUAAGCUUUGUGGAGACAAGGGUGGGAGGACUUUCAAGCUAGCUGUGCAGAUAGCAAAUGUUGCAUCAGUCAACUCAGUGAAGAACACCUUUGUCAUUACAUACUUUGAAGCUGCUGAUACAGUAGCUAACCUCAACAUAGCUAUAGGAAGAUACCAAGAGCAGCUACAGGAACUAACAACAACUGACUGGAUAGCAAAGAAAGUCAGACUGUUUCUUUUUGGAGGUUAUGAAUUUCUCUGCAAGAUGUAUGGGUUAUCUGGACCUUCAGGUCGUCACUGUUGUUUAUGGUGUCUAAUUGACAGUUCACAAAUGGCAAAACCAGCUGCAGAAAGAACGCCAUCACAACAAAGGAGUCUUGAUCAGCUCAUUACAGACUUCAGAAAAUUUACAGAAUCAGGGAGCAACAUAAAAAGAGCAAAAUUCUAUAACAAUGUAGCCAUUCCAGCACUACAUAUCAGUCUAGGAGUCUUUGCUAAACUUUACGAUCAACUGGAACGAGCAGCUCAUAAAAUAGACAAUCAAAGAGUCAUCGAAGAAAGUGAGAGGGCUCCAACCCACAUGGGACAUGCAACUGCAUCUUCUUUUAAACAACACAUAUCAAGAGUACGAGAAGCACAGAAGUUAAAAGAGGAAGCGCGAAGGAAUAAGUUGGAAGCACAGAGACUCUUUGAAAUUGCCAACUGGAUAAAUCUCACUGGAAGCACCAACACAGAGUCAAUACCACCAGCUGAGGAUCAAGAAAAAGCCCUCAGAUUGGAGUCCUUUCCUCUUCAUGAUGGCCCUAGUGUCUGUGCUUUAGAUAAGACACUACCUGACAUAGGCAUUGAAAAACAAGCCUAUCAUAGGCAACCACAUUCACAAGUGCUGCCAGGGAGACAACACAGAAAAGCUCUGCAAUUCUAUUGCAACAGCCGUGCCCCAGGACUCACAGUAACAAGGGCAACAGCAGAAACCAUUGCUCAAGCAUUUGCAGUAACAUUCAAGCUAUUUGCAGCCUGCCAUAAUGGUUACAGUGUCAGCCAAAAAAUGGACGAACAUGAAAUAGAAACUCUAGACGCCAAUAUAAAAGCAUUUCUUCAAAACUACAGAUCUACGUUGCCCACAGCCUCAAUAACACCUAAACUGCACAUGUUGGAAGAUCACGUGAUGCCAUGGGUGCGGAGAUGGAAAUUUGGACUGGGGUUUCAUGGUGAACAGGGUGCAGAGUCCAUUCAUGCCCGAUUCAACUCAAUGCAACGCACCUACGCCAGCGUGAGAAACGCUACAGAGAGACUGAAAGCUAUCGUGAAAGAACACAACAUGUCAGUUUUGCUCUACGUUGCUGAAAACCGGCCUGAGGUGAAAAAGAGAAAUACUACAAACAAAGACUAG